AUGUUUGGUUGCCCAUCUGUGAAUCAGCAACCCAUGCAGUUCUGCAUAAGAGCUGUACUACUGACAUCUGUGAAUAUGAUAUGCAAUUCCUUGUUUGCUCACUUGCUUGGCAGCAACAAUUUUGCAACUACCUAUGGCCUGUAUUGGUUGCUUGACUGCCAUUCUAAAACCGAAGUUGUGAACAAGUUGAGAACUGAGAUCACUGUGAAAGAGGAUCAAGGUGUUCAAGCAAUACAGUUGCUCAGCCCAGUUUCAAAACUAGGAGGAAUGCCCCUAAAAAAUAAGACUGGCAUUGAGCUGAAACUUCGGGCAUGGAAUCAAACUCUCAAGUUAGGAAAAGAAAUAUCUAACCUCACAAAUAAAUCAGACAUUGAAGAACAAGCUGCUACCCUCACUAAAUGUGAAUUUGCUGGUGACUGUUUCAAACAAAGAUCAAGGAGCACAUCAGAAUUGUGCAUACCAAAAGGUCCUAAUCGAAUACAAGUAAGGAAGCUUCAUGAACACUUUGGCUUCCAGAGGGUACAUGCUCAUUUAGUAGUUCUAAAAGUUAGAAAGUAUCAAUUAUCUUUUAGACCUGGAAUUGGUCCAGAGAUAUUCUUACUGCCAAAAUACAGGGAACUAGACGCAUGUGGAAGUAAAGCAACUGAUAAGAGAUCAAACCCCUGUCAUAUGCUUUAA